UCUCUGUUAUUGGUGCUUGUGAAAAUUAAGCGGCUUUCAAAGGAUCGCGAGAAAGGAACAGAACGGUCUCCUAUGGCGACAACCUGCAGUGGCAGCUUGUAUGGGGGAAUAUACAAUUGGAUUUAGCUAGCAAGCACAGUUAGCUGCCAGGCUAGCCGACCAACCAGCGACUCCACGAUAUUGAUCAAGACACGUUCAGGUUUAGCUGUAAAUGCGAUGCCUUUUUUGUUAAUGUAUAUUGAAAACUGACGCGAUACCAGCCUAUGCGUUUGUUUGGAAAGCCUCCCGUGUGCGUGGUCAGUGCAGUGGAGUGACUGCUCAGCCACCGAACUAGCUCAGCUUGAGCUCCGCCCAAGCUGGUUGUGCAGAGCCGCUGUUGCCUACUCGAGUGUUGUGUCGACGGAUAGUUUAUCGUUGUAAUCAAAACGUUUUUGGAUUGCAAAGGACUUGGUACAUUUGGAGCAGGUUAACGCUGGACGAAAUGGAUGAACAAAGUGUUGAGAGUAUUGCGGAAGUGUUCCGCUGCUUCAUCUGCAUGGAGAAGCUGAGAGACGCCCGACUCUGUCCUCACUGCUCCAAGCUCUGCUGCUUCAGCUGCAUCCGGCGAUGGUUGACAGAGCAGAGAGCGCAGUGUCCACACUGUCGGGCACCUCUGCAGCUGAGGGAGCUGGUGAACUGCCGUUGGGCGGAGGAGGUGACCCAGCAGCUGGACACGCUGCAGCUCUGCAACCUCUCCAAGCACGAGGAGAACGACAAGGACAAGUGUGAGAACCACCAUGAGAAGCUCAGCGUGUUCUGCUGGACCUGCAAGAAGUGCAUAUGCCACCAGUGUGCCCUGUGGGGUGGCAUGCACGGCGGCCACACCUUCAAGCCCCUGGCGGAGAUCUACGAGCAGCACGUGACCAAGGUGAACGAGGAGGUGGCCAAGCUGCGGAGGCGCCUCAUGGAGCUGAUCAGCCUGGUGCAGGAAGUGGAGAGGAACGUGGAGGCGGUGCGGGGGGCGAAGGACGAGCGUGUGCGGGAAAUCCGAAACGCGGUGGAGAUGAUGAUCGCCAGGCUGGACAACCAGCUCAAGAACAAACUCAUCACCCUCAUGGGUCAGAAGACGUCACUCACCCAAGAGACUGAGCUGCUGGAGUCUCUGCUUCAGGAAGUGGAGCAUCAGGACUUCCUGCGUUGUCCGUUGGUUUGUGGAGGGAAGUGUUCAGGCGGGCAGUGUGAACUGCGGUCCUGCAGUAAGAGCGAGCUCAUCUCCAAGAGCCCGGAGAUCCUGCUCAUGUUCCAGCAGGUGCACCGCAAGCCCAUGCAGUCCUUCGUCACCACGCCGGUGCCGCCAGACUUCACCAGUGAGCUGGUUCCUGCCUACGACUCCAGCACUUUUGUUCUGGCGAAUUUCAGCACCCUGAGACAGCGGGCAGACCCUGUGUACAGCCCCCCCCUGCAGAUAUCCGGACUCUGCUGGAGACUGAAGGUUUAUCCAGAUGGGAACGGCGUGGUGCGUGGAAACUACCUUUCAGUCUUUCUGGAACUGUCAGCAGGACUCCCAGAAACGUCAAAGUACGAGUACAGAGUGGAGAUGGUGCACCAGGCCUCCAGCGACCCCACCAAAAACAUCAUUCGGGAGUUUGCGUCGGACUUCGAGGUGGGCGAGUGCUGGGGGUACAACCGCUUCUUCAGGCUGGACCUGCUGGCCAGCGAGGGCUACCUCAACAUGCAGACCGACACCCUCGUCCUGCGGUACCAGGUGCGAUCUCCCACGUUCUUCCAGAAGUGCAGAGACCAGUACUGGUACAUCAGCCAGCUGGAGUCGGCUCAGACCAGCUACAUCCAGCAGAUCAACAACCUGAAGGAGCGCCUGGCGAUCGAGCUGUUCCGGAGGCAGAAGUCCCGCAGCUCGUCCCCGCCCGACCGCCGCCCGGGCCCCCAGGCCUCCGAGAGGGACCCCCGGCCGGGGAAGGGGGCCGUCGCCGAGGAGAGCAGCCCGUCGGCCGCCGCCGAGGCCAAGGAGGAGGAAGAGGAGGAGGAGAAGACGCAGCACGACGACUCCAACGAGCUGUCGGACGGGGACCUGGAGGUGGACUGCCUGACGGGCGACGAGGAGGUCAACCCCCUGGACGGGAGCAGCAGCUCGGGCAGCUCCACGGCGACCAGCAACACCGAGGAGAACGACAUCGACGAGGAGACCAUGUCCGGGGAGAAUGACGUGGAAUACUCCGGAAACCUGGAGAUGGAAGAAGGAGAGCUGCCGGAAGACCUGGCCGGAGCUGCCGGGGGCUCGAACCCGACCUCGCGCGGUCUCCGCCGCGGCGCCUCCGGGCUGGGCUCCGGCUCCAGCAGCAGCCUGCUGGAGAUCGACCCGGUCAUCCUCAUCCAGCUCCUGGACCUGAAGGACCGCAGCAGCGUGGAGUCACUGUGGGGGCUUCAGCCCCGCCCCCCUGCAUCCUUACUGCACAGCACAGUCCAGGUCCACUCCAGGAAGGAGCGGGAUCGGCGGCCGCAGGCAGUGCGGCGGUCAGCCCCGGACUCCGGGGUCCUGAUCCGGCUGAAGGCGCAGAUGGCCGAGGUGCGCAGCAAGAUGUCCGACGUCAAGUGCCAGCUGGAGGCGCGGGGGGCCGGGGACGCGCGGGCCGGCCCCUCGGGGGCCGCGGUGGAGCAGGGGCCCCCUGCCGACCCUGAGCCCGGCACGCGCCGGAAACCCGCCGACCUGGAGCUGCUGGGGAAGGGCGCGGCGUCCCGGCACUGCCGGAGCGGUGGGAAGAAGGCCCACUCCCCGAAGCAGGAGGCGAUGGGGGCCGCGGGGGCCGCGGGGGGCCUGCCGCUGCGCAGACCUGCGGACCCCGUGGAGAAGGAGCUGCGCGGGCUGGGUGCGGACGCGGUCGCUGACGCCGCGAGCUGCCCCCGGGACCCGCCCCCCUGCAUGGAGGUGGUCUUGAAGCCGCGCAGUGCCCACUGCUCCCCCCCCUCCCUGGGGGGGCCCGGCGCUGCAGACAAGCCGUCCAGCUCCAAGCAGGAGGAGCCGCUGUACGGGGCCUCCGGCUCGGACCUGUUCACCAUCACCGGCCUCAACGGGAUCGUACCCCUGGCCAAGACGCGCAGGGCGCCCGCCAUGGGGGCCGGCCUACUGACCGACAGUUCCCUGGACUGUGACCCAGAGGGCGCCAGCGAGCUCCGGGAGUCCCUGCUGGCGCUGUCUGACGGGACCUCCUCACGCCCUGACGAAGGGCUGCUGUCCCAGAAGCAGGUGCUGCACCUCCUGCCCGGGAUGAGCAGUGACAGCGAGCUGGAGUGCGACACGGAGAACGAGGACGAGGCCGUGGCCCUGGAGGCCGGAGACUGCCGAUACGACACCCGGGCACUGCCCUGUCCAGGGGACCAGCUGAGCUCGGAUGACCUGAGCUUCACGGCGGGGGAGGCGACGGAGAGGUGAUCCCCUUCCUGGCCCUCCCGCCGCUCCGCGGAUCCCGCCGCGCCCGUCUCCGAAACCCGCCCGCGUCCGUGCCUGUAGUCCUGCAUGCUGUUCCUCCUGUUCGUCUCGCUGCUCUGUGGGACAAAUGCUACACUUCAGCUCAUGUCAUAAUGAAUGUUGACUGAAAACAUACAUAUAUAUAUAUAUGGUCACGUAACUGUGUUUUUGUUUGUAUAUACGUGUAAAUUGGAGAGCUUAUAAGAUGGUUUGGGAGAAAUGGAAUACAAGGUAUUUGGGAGAGAAUUUAGUCACCAGGCUACUUAACGCUGUGCUCUUGCUGAAAUGAGACAACCGUAACUUUCAGUUGUGAUGGGAGAGCGGGUUUCAUGAGCCCCAUAAUGGACGCCGAUGUCCCGGGCCCCAGAUCAUAUUUGUUUAAGCCAUAAGCCAAUUUAGACAUUGCUCUCAGUAGUCAGUGCAGUCUGUUCAAGUCUGUGGGCUAGGUUGCUCCACCCAUUUUGGGGUUGAUGAAUCUUUGUUCUCCCAUUUGCUUAUGAAGGGAUGGUGGUUUAUUGCACUGUGAGGGUUCCUCGUCGUCUUGGGAGCAAAAUGGUCGAGUGCGUGUGAGUUUGCGAUAUGAAGGCGCUUCUGUAGUAUUUUCAAGCAUAAAAUGAAGUGACUGGUGUGAAUUUGUGUAAUCAUACGCAGUUAUGUACACGGGGGCUGCAUAGAGGGGCAGUCCCUCCUCUGAGAAUGAGUAUAAAGUGUGCAGUAAUCUGUCAUUUUUUGAGCCAUUUUCUCAGAGUUGUGUGCCUAAUGGGUUUGUUCGAAGUUGUACCUGAGAAAGGCUUUACAGUCCCUCCCUUCUUUGACUACUGUUUGUUCUUUUUUUGCCAUGACUGAAUGUGGCUAAGUGACGGGCUACUGCCUGAUUCAUUGGAAAUGGCCACACAGUGAAGUUCUAAAAUGCAACAAAGCACACAGAUCUUGUAGUUCUUACGCCCUCGUUUUCAGCAGUGGGGUGGGGGUACAUCUGAAAAUGCUGGUCACUGCAGUGCUUUCCAGUAGCCCUUUGAAUCUUCUCUAUGGUCUCCCCACGUAUCAUUUCUUUCUAAAGUGUCUUUUUGUACGAGAGGUAUUGUCGCCCUUUGUAAACGGCACAGGUAGCCCGUCGGGUGAACGCGCGAUCUGUCUGUGGCUGUGUCUGCUUUCCCCCCCUAUCCCGCGUAGUCCUUCUGAAGAGAACACACAACCUGCUGCUGUAAAGGAAGUCUCGUGGUGCCGCAGUGUCUGUCUGCCUGUGCCAACGACUUCGGUUUGGUUCUUGUCCGAAUAUGAAUGUCUGUUUGGAUUUUUUUUUUUGUUUCCCCCCCCACCACCACCUUAAUUUAUUGAGCAAAGGAGUGCCGUUUCUGUAGUCUUUUGGAGGUGCAGUGUUUAAACUCAAAGUGUGUGGCCUUUCGACGGCGUCUCCGGAUGGCAGAGGCUUGGACUAGCGCACCGACGGCCUGGGAAAACCGGCUUUCAUUCUGGCUCGACAGAAAAGGCUCGGCCAAUCGCGUGCUUCUCCACGACGCCCGUGAUGGAGAGCACCAUCUGGUACUCACACUUUAAAUAAAGAUUUCCUAGUCGUCUGGGACUCCACUAAUAAAGGCAUUUUUUUUGUUUUUGUUUUGUAAGUGGGUGUUGUUGGAUGAAGUUUACAUAUAGCCGGGACCAUUCUUGUCCAUUCCUCAGCUGUGGCUGAAGUAGGUCCACAGCCGUCUGGUUCCUCCAGUCACACUUAUUGUCCUUCCUUUUCUCCAUCACUCAUUGAAAAUCACACCUAGUCGUUACGGCUUCUGUUCCUAACGGGCCAUGGGUCGCCAUGACUACUGACUUUCGGCCAUCUCCCCUUUUACCGGACUGAGACGGUGUUUUUCUCAGAAAGUUAGGUCGGAAUCUAGACGAUUCGUUUUUUUGGUCAAGUUUUAUAUUAAUUUUAUCAUUUUUAUUUCUUGAUAUAGCCUAUUUCGGUUUGGUGCUAAUACCGGUGUGUAUUUCUUUUGCGAGCUACAACGUUCAACUAAAAAAAUAAUUCAGUCUCUUCAGUUAAAACUGGAAAUUGUGAGUUGUAUUGAGCACACUACAGAAUUCCAGACUAGUGCUUCAGUCCUUUCAAUGUAUUAUAGGGAGAUGUCUUAAUUGUAUCUGGUCAAGUGUGUAAUGGUGAUGUGAAAAUGCAUAAGUGAUCACAUGUGAGUGUACUGUAAAUGCAUGUCUUAAUGCGACCAUCAGCUGGAAGAAUGCUAAAGCUGCUACAGCAACACUAGUACUACGGCUAGCCUCGUUCCCCCUCCCUCCUCACUUCCUGCAGGCUUAUACUGUGUGCAACUGCAUGGUCACUCUCUACUGGGAUAAGGUUGGGGGGUAGGCAGAGGGGGGGUCAGGUGGGGGGGAGGUUCAGUUUAUGGAACCUUCAUUUCGGACGUUCAUGUCUGAAGAAUGGGGCGUGUCCCUGGUUUGGUCUUACAAUUCCAUGCUCUUAAGUUUUUUUUGUUUGUUUGUUUUUUUUUCCCCCCCUUGUUUUUUUUCCUCUUCACAUUGCGAGUAUGUUUCUACUACCUAGUGCUGAGCUUAACGUGUAACCAGCUGCUCCAUGUUAAGACUUGGGAGUGUUAUAACGGUGAGGACUGCUGCUGGAGAGGUCGUCCACUGGACCCCUGAGCCAUACUGGCUCUGGUACACUGGGUCCAGUUGUGUGGUCUCUAUAGACACUGACUGAAUAGUCUGUUCACCCGCUUGUUUGCUUCUGUCUGUGUACGAUCUGUGUAAACUGUCAAGUGUUUUAUUUUCAAUUUUUUUUUUGUGUUUUGUUUAUUGGCUGUGCACUUUUUUUUGUUAAUUAACAGUAAUGAACAAAUAAAAGAUUUUAACUUC